AAGGUGCGGACCCAUAUAAAUAUUCUGGCGGGCAAUGGCUGCGCAACAAUGCAGCACAUCAAGCAGCCCGUCACAUUUCGUUCGACUUCGACGCUCUCUGCCGACGAGUUGUCAAAUUCUGUCCCGGAGCCGAUUUUGUUGCGACCUACGAGAAGAAGGAAGGUGGCUUCAACCGGGCCUUUAUCUUCACCGCCGACAAUGGAAGGUCGGUUGUCGCAAAACUACCCUUUUCGAAUGCAGGGCCUCGACGUUUGACCACUCAAUCGGAGGUUGCAACGAUUGAAUUCUUGAAGAAACAUUCCAGAAUACCAAUACCCACAAUCUAUGACUGGAGUGACGAUGAGAGCAACGAGGUCGGCAGCGAGUAUAUCAUCAUGGAGCCUUCCGCCGGGAUUUCGCUGCACUCGAAAUGGGCCGAGAUGACUAUCGAGCAGCGAGUCGAAUGUAUCAAGAACAUUUGUCAAUUGCUAGGCUCGAUUGACGACGUUCAUUUUCCAGCGUACGGAAGUUUAUACUACACAACAGAUGACCAGCCCGAGUCUGCGAUAGUAUUACCGGAGGAUGACCGAUUUUGCGUUGGGCCGCAUGUCGCAUCUCGAUAUUGGGAUUGCAACGUCGGGGAUUUUCGAUACUACGACAUGAAGCGGCCAAAUAGAGGCCCAUGGACGGAUCUCUCAUCUUGGAGUGAUGGACUCAUCGAUGCCGGCAUCUCGAGAGUUCCACCACAUGACAAUCAUCAAGAGUGUCGGCCAUCCUACUUCGGCACUCCUGUUAUGCAUCUUCAAGUACUUCAAGAGGGACGUCUGCUCUUGAGAACAAUGUCGAAGGACCCGAGGAUCCGGGUUGUCGCAGACCCGAUAUUGUCUCAUCCAGAUUUGAACAAGAGGAAUAUCUUCGUUGACCGCGACGAUCCCACCAAAGUCGCAAGCUUCAUUGACUGGCAGUCGGCCAGUUUAGAUCCGGCAUUCUGGGUGGUCGCCAACACAAGACCCGAUUUUGCGACUCUACCUGAUGACUCGACGGAUGAGAGUGCUGUGAUAUGCGCUGAAGCAUUUGAUCUCUUCAUGGGAUCAUAUUGCCCACAGUGGGCUCGCGCUCAUUCCUUGGACGAGCGCCUUGUCCGCCCACUCCUAUAUCCACACCGAACGUGGAACGAUGGCGUUGUUGCUUUUCAACAUGAUCUGUUCAUGACUGCAAGAGAAUGGGGCGAUCUAGGGUUUCAGGAGAAAUGUCCCGUCGCAACACCAGACUCGGAUCAGUUUGCUGCUCAUGAGCGCGAGUAUCGAUACUUUCUUGCUGCCCAAAGGCUACGCAAACAUGUCAAAGACUAUGUCGGCAUCUCAUCCGACGGCUGGGUACCCGACGAGGGGUGGGAUGCGAUUCAAUUGCAACAUCAGCAAUUAUAUUCUGAUGUGGUGCAAGCCAUACUAAGCGCCGCGGAGGCGGAUGAUGACCCGGAUGAGCCGAUCAAAACUGAAAGGGACUUGAAAGCGAUAUGGCCCUUCGACCUGUGA